GGGUAGGGAAGAGAAAUGGAAGAAGGGAAAGCAGAGGGAAAAGGGUGAGUGAAUUAGGAGGUGGUGUGUGUGAGGUAGGAAGGAGGAGGGAGAGCAACGCUCACUAGAUGUGAAUGCUGAAAAUUGCAUUAUGGAGUUCUCAGAAGAUCUGCACACAGUUUGCUAGUGAUGCACGGUGAGCGGAAGGAAUUGUGCUUUUCUCUGCUGGAACUGGGAACUUAAGGCAUUUCAUGUGUGGAGGUGCUGCUGGUGGCAAGUGAAUAAAGGGGUCUGUUGUCUCCGACAGAGAACGAGCAAUAAAGAAAGAGCAAGGUUCCCAAGAACGGAGGAAGAGACAUCGGCAGAAUAUAGGAAUGCGAACAAGAGAAGAUCUAUUUAUAAAGAAACAACCCUGGGGGUCUGGCCAUGAGGUGGAGAGACCCUAGUGCACCCUAAGAUCUGGAAUAUGGAUGAACGAGGGUAGCAACUGAUUGGGCAUACAGACUUUUGUGCAUUCAAGCAUCUGCAGAUAUUUCCACCUGGAUGGAAUUUUUGGGUUUCAGUUUUUUUCCUCUUGCUCAUUGGAAGAGUUUGAGUCAUCUGCACGGAUGCAAUGAAAAUCCCCAUUUCCACCAGGUGAUCCUACAAGGCUGAUGGAUUUAUUGCAAGCGGCAUCUCUCCAACAGCCCUCCCAUUGAAAGUGAUAUAAUGAAAUUGCAGAGGAGGUUGUGCAGAAGGGUGGCAAAGCGAGACUGGAGUUUGAGCAUCGGGAUAGCUGGAUCAAAGAAAUUCAAAUAAAGCAGAAAAACCCAAAUUCAACAAAUAUAUUUAAAGGAAAGGGUUCAAGAUUAUUAUAAGAACAUGCAGAGCUGCACUGGAUUGUGGUUGGAAAUCUAAUCAGAUCUUUGGAGAGAAGGAAAGUUUCUUUCUAGGUUUAAGGAGAAGGUGGUGACAAGGGGUUGAGGAAAGAGCUUCGGUAUGGUGCAUGGAGAAGUUGUGGGAUAAACUAGUGGCUUGGUUUGGACCAAUGAUGGAUUGGAUUUUUAAAGCAGAGCGUUGAUAAAUAAGUGGAUUGACCAAGGAGAAGGCUCAUCAUGAACCAGCACAUCGCCCUUCAGCACCAUGGUCAGUAAAAGUUUGGAUAAGCGAGAAGGUGCCUUGUUCUCUCUGGAUGAUUCCUCGGCUCCUUCCCCCUUCCUGUGCAAAUAGGUGCGAAAUUAGCCUCAACUUGGAGGCACAGUUUGAAUGAACACAUUGGGCCGGAUCGGAUUGUCGGGCUAAAGUUGGUUGGGGGGUUGGUGUGUAUGUGUGGGGAGAACCGAUGGCGAAUUGCAUCUGGAUUGUAUCCUGGCUGUCACCAUCUCCAAAUCUGUACCUCUAAGCAUCUGGGGUCUCCAUCUGGAUAAGCUGCCAUUAUCUUGACACAACUCCUGGAACUCCUGAAGGACCAAACACGAAAAAAUUAUGAAUGUUGAACAAGAUGAAAUUACAUCCACCGCAGAUGAUGAUAGGUCCUAGGUUCAACAGGGCCCCAUUUGACCCCCUUUUUAUUGUGCUGUUGGCUCUUCAGCUUCUUGUGGUGGCGGGUUUAGUCAGGGCUCAGACCUGCCCUUCUGUAUGUUCUUGUAGUAACCAGUUCAGCAAGGUCAUUUGCACACGAAGAAACCUUCGAGAGGUCCCAGAUGGUAUAUCCACCAACACAAGACAACUCAACCUUCAUGAGAAUCAGAUCCAGAUAAUCAAAGUUGACAGUUUUAAACACUUAAGACAUUUAGAAGUGUUACAGUUGAGCAGAAAUCACAUUAGGACAAUUGAAAUUGGUGCUUUCAAUGGCUUGGCAAAUCUGAAUACACUGGAACUCUUUGACAAUCGUUUGACCACUAUUCCUAAUGGAGCUUUUGAAUAUUUGUCAAAACUGAAAGAGCUUUGGUUAAGAAAUAAUCCUAUUGAAAGCAUUCCAUCCUAUGCUUUUAAUCGUGUUCCUUCUCUGCGUAGGCUAGAUUUGGGAGAGAUGAAAAGAUUGUCAUAUAUUUCAGAAGGGGCAUUUGAAGGCCUUUCAAAUCUCAAAUAUUUGAACCUUGGUAUGUGCAACCUAAGAGAAAUCCCCAAUCUUACUCCUCUUGUUAAACUAGAUGAGUUAGAUCUUUCUGGGAAUCACUUGUCUGUUCUUCGACCUGGAUCUUUCCAAGGAUUAACCCAUCUUCAAAAAUUGUGGAUUAUGCAUUCCCAAAUUCAGGUGAUUGAAAGGAAUGCCUUUGAUGACCUUCAGUCACUGGUUGAACUUAAUUUGGCACAUAAUAAUCUGACUUUACUGCCUCAUGACCUUUUCACACCUCUUCACAAUUUGCAAAGGAUUCAAUUACAUCACAACCCCUGGAACUGCAACUGUGACAUCCUUUGGCUUAGUUGGUGGCUCAAAGAGAUAGUCACCACUGGCAGCACAUGCUGUGCUCGUUGUAGCACUCCCCCAAGUUUAAAAGGAACUCACAUUGCAGAACUGGACCAUAAUUAUUUUACUUGUUAUGCUCCUGUAAUUGUAGAGCCCCCUGUUGACCUGAAUGUCACAGAAGGCAUGGCAGCUGAGCUGAAAUGUAGAGCAUCAACGUCAUUGACUUACGUUAGUUGGAUUACUCCAAAUGGAACUAUUAUGACCCAUGGAUCUUAUAAAGUACGUCUUUCAGUGUUAAAUGAUGGAACGCUGAACUUUACAAAUGUAACAGUGAGGGACACAGGCUUAUACACCUGUAUAGUAAGUAAUUCCGCUGGGAACACCACUGCCUCAGCGACGUUAAAUGUGACGGCAUCUGACACGGGUUAUACUUACUUUUCCACCGUUACCGUAGAGACUAUGGAACCAUCUCAGGAUGAGGCAAGGACCACAGAAAAUCAUGUUGGCCCCACCCCAGUCAUUGACUGGGAAACCACCAAUGCAACCAUCUUUCUAAUGCCUCAGAGCACAAGGUUCACAGAAAAAACCAUCACCGUCCCUGUAACAGAUGCAAACAAUGGAAUGCCAGGUAUUGAUGAGGUGAUGAAAACCACCAAAAUAAUCAUUGGCUGUUUUGUGGCCAUUACCUUAAUGGCAGCAGUGAUGCUGGUUAUCUUCUACAAGAUGAGAAAACAGCAUCAUCGGAAGAACCAUCAUGCUCCUACGAGGACUGUUGAAAUUAUUAAUGUGGAUGAUGAACUCACGGCUGACACACCUAUUGAAAGCCACUUGCCCAUGCCGGCAAUAGAACAUGAGCAUUUAAACCAUUAUAACUCUUAUAAGUCUCCUUUUAAUCACACAAUGACAGUGAACACAAUAAAUUCAAUACACAGCUCUGUGCAUGAACCUUUAUUGAUUCGAGCAAACUCAAAAGACAAUGUGCAGGAAACUCAGAUCUAAAAUUGUAAAUUCACCAGAUUAAAAAAAAAAAGGACAAUUUAUAAACAGACAAAAAUGACUGGGCUAAAUCUACUGUUUCCAAUAAAAAAGUGUCUUUACAAAAAAAAGAAAUAAUAAAAAAAAGAAAAAUUUAUUUAUUAAAAAUUCUAUUGUGAUCUAAAACUGCUGAAAUCGUGUAUUCCUAAAAAUUGAAUUCAUUUGGUUUUAAUAUGAUUCCCUUUUUUUAAUCAAGUGAUCAGAAUUUAUGAUUUGAGAAAUAUGGAAUGAAAUUCAUUGCGCUUUAAAUAUGUUUAUGGUUACUUUUAGAUAUUCCACUUGGUCAGUCAUAUAUCUAUUAUUUUGCUAAAGAAUAGUCAUGUAUAUUUAAAAAAAGCUGCUUUUCUAUAAUACUUCUAGAUCUUUAAAAAAUAUAUAUACAGUAUGGUAUAUAAAACAUGUACCUGUCAUUUUUAUAAUUUGUAGUGUGAGUUUCCCUUUCCAAAUUCUGGUUACAAAGGCCUCAGCAAACUGCUCUUUGAUUGUUAUAUUUGCAAUUUUAGCCUCUUCAUCUCUUACUCCUUAUUAAGCACAAGAGAUUUAUGACUUUUGGAUUGAGCUUCAAAAUAAAUAUAUCAUGAGUACUAGUGGGGCUCAUUUAAUACUACAAGGCAAAACUGUUCCUGUGCAGUAAUACAUGGUAACCAGUCAUUUAUGAGCUUUGUUCAGGGGAGGAGGAGGCUGAAAUUAGUGGUGGGAGAGGCUUCCAGUAGAUGGCUUCCCAUUAAACAGUUUUCCUAUAUAUGGCAGGUAAUAGAGAAAAAAAUCCCCUCCCCAUUGAAAUUAAGUAUUUAAAUACAGGAACUUGUUGUCAUUGGUUCCUCUUUUUAAAGUCAUAGCACUACUAAUUUAUAUGCAAUUCUGUCUGGCAUUAACCUGUUAGAUAGGAUGCUGCCUUGGAACAUAUGGAAGGUUUUACUUUUAUCUUUUUUGUGUGCACCGAAUAUGUAAUAAAUGAUGGAAUCCAUCAUUUUACCUACCUGUGUAGGUAAAAUUGAGUGUUCUCAAUAGGCUUCCAGGGAACAGUUGUUGGGUUAUUCUUGAUAGUUGCCCUAUUGAAGUCCAUAGUGGUUGUUAUAGUGGUAGUCAACAAUAUGGAGUCAGUAAGCAUGACUUGGGCCAAAUUUGCAGAGAAUCUAUAUUUGUUAUCAUAAUAAACUAUGCUCUUAUCCUUUAAUUUCUGUCUAAUGGGAAAAUCCACUAAUUCCUUCAAAAUACUUGUUUGUGGCAAUGCAUUUUUAGUAAGACUUAGCCCACAUUUUGCAGAGAAUGUAUUUUUUUUAUACAAUGCUCUCUUUCUUUAUUUUCUAUGUAAUGGGAAUUAAAUGCAAGGUCUUCUAAUUUACUCAAGUCAUUUGUUUGUGGCAGAGCAUUUGACAGGCCUCAGUAACCUGAAAAUGGUUUAUGAAAGGUCUGACAAAAAAUGACAGAGAAUUCCAUGUUAUCAGUAGGUUUAUAUGAAGAGAGUAAAACAAAAUUGCCUUUAUUGACAUAUUCUGUAUUUGAUAGAAGCCCUAUUUUACUGCAUAACACAAAGAGAGAAAUAUCAAGCAACAACAAAAGAAUUUCUAUGUAGGCGUCCAUAGAUCGAUGACCAGUUAAAAUGUUGUAAAAUUACCUGAAUUUAUUGCCUCAAACACUAAAAUAAGGUUAUAAAGAGAUAUUUUUGAAACAACA